AUUUCUAUCGCUUCAUUAAUGUAGAACUAUUUAUUCACUUUGAUGACAUUUGAGUAUUUUCUUCAUAAUCAAAAUAAUAUGGCUUUUCGAAUGAAAUAUGACAAGAACGUAAUACGCUUGAGUCAAAAAUCCUAAAAAUGAUAAAACUUACGACGACAAAACUUACUUGAUUCCCAAAAAAUUUAAUUUUAAUGAAUGACCACACUGAUAAAAGUUUCAUGAAAGGUUAUCCAUCACGAAAAAUUGAGAAAAUGUACAGCUCAAAAGUCCGAAUUGGUAACUGGUUCGAGGAAUUAGAACUUCGAAAGUGGGGGGAGGUACCCACAUAGCAGAAGCAUGGUACGGUCUGAGAGACCUCACGUCCAUACGUCCUUACUAUUGUCCCUUUUCGCUCAAAUGAGGGAUAAUCAAGACAGCUUGUGUUUUAAAUACUUUACAAUAAAUUGAAACAGAAAUAUAAAAUUGUGAUGAUAUCGUGGACGUGCGGUCGCCUCGAGGAAGACCAGGGUGGAGGGACCCACAUAUCAGAAGCAUGGUGCGGCCUGUGAGACCGCACAUCCAUAUUUGAAGGAAAAAACAGAACUUUAUAUUCAAAAGCGUGAGAAUAAAGAACUGGUCGUACAAAAAAUAAGAGAACUAUUUCACAAUGUAUGCAGAGAAACCCGACUUUCUAGAAAUGAAGAUUAUAUUAAAUUUGGAAAUAAAAUUCAACUCUUUGCGCCCGAUAUGCAAAGCUCUCGACCAAAUUGUGAAAAUAUAAAUUAUGGAGUAGUAGUCGCUGGAACCGUUCCUCAAGAUGCUAUUGGAAAAAUCAGUAGAUUCGGAAAUCGAAGUCCUGUAGUUUGUUAUCCAAAAUCCACACCCUGUACUCGAAAUACAUUUACAAUCAAAUCUGCAGAUUAUCAAAAUAGGGAUGGAAAUAAUCUUCUUUUUGGACAGGAAUUCAUUUUGCAGUUAACAGAUUCUCCCGGAGAAGAUUUAUAUUUAAGAUCACCAACUCCAUUAGUCGAUGAUACUCGCGGUCCCAGGCAACACAAUCGAAUUUUGUUAAGCAACAUUAAAGACUGUUAUUCUAUAUGGAAAGUUCUCUGCUGGGACAAUAAAAUGAGAUUUGAAACUGAAGGAUCUCCUUUUCCCUCUUCUACUAGAGUGGUUAUCACUCACAUGAUGACUGGAGAAUGCUUAGCAGUUGAAGGCUCAGACUGGUACACAAGUAUUUUCGGAAACGAAUGUGGAAUAUCCGUUCACACCUAUAGAGAUAUUUUCAAACGAGAAACUGCAGAAUGUCUCUGGAUGUUCAUAACUGAAGAAAUCCCUCGAUGUAUCGAAGAAAGAUGUGAAUAAAAAU